AUGCAUUCGGUCUGUCAGAUUUAUGCAUCUGCUCUGUCAGGUUCACGCAUUUGGUCUACUCCUGAACAGGCACUUGGAGGUAUUUACGGUGUGCUAAAUCAGAAGAGGGGCCAAGUGUUUGAGGAAAUGCAGAGAGCAGGAUCUCCGCUCUACAACAUCAAGGCAUAUUUGCCAAUCAUAGAGUCAUUUGGGUUCUCUGGCACUCUCCAAGAAGCAACUUCUGGUCAGGCUUUCCCUCAAAGUGUGUUUGAUCACUGGGAUAUGAUGGGUUCUGAUCCACUAGAGCAUGGUACUCAAGCUCAGAAGCUGGUUCUUGAUGUCCGUAAGAGAAAGGGUAUCAAGGAGAAAAUGAAGCCCUUGUUUGAGUUUGAGAAUAAGCUAUAA